CACCACUAAAUAUGUCUUCAAGCAAACCAAGGGUGGCCCAGGUCAGGAACCCCACGUUACCAUCCCAGACCACACCCGAGCAGCGGUACUGGCGAGGAUUCGUCAGCCCCCAGCUCAUCAAGGAGACCCACCCCAUUAACCACAUCCACUUCAACCCCCAAGCACCUCACGACUUCGCAGUAUCGUCAUCCACAAGAAUCCAAAUUUACUCCGCCAAAACCAGACAGGUGAUCAAAACAUUCUCGCGGUUCAAAGACACAGUGUUACUGGGAGAAUUCCGCCAUGACGGGAAGUUGUUGGUCGCGGCCGACAAGUCAGGGUUGGUAUCAAUCUACGAUGCGUACCAGCCUCGAAGUCUUCUUGUAAGUUUGAAUCCCAGCACUUAUCCAACUCACGUGGCGAAGUUCCAUCCCACAAUGGGCAAGCAGUUGGUGACAGGUUCCGACGACCGGGUGUUGCGGUUGUACGACAUCUCCGAAACCACGUCGGGCCCAGUGGUGGAGUUUGACGACUCGCACCAUCAAGACUAUAUUCGAAGUGUAGACUUCAUUCCCGAUGCCCCCCACCUCGUGGCCACCGGGUGCUACGAUGGAAUAGUACGUGUGUUUGACACGCGGGCCCACGAAUGUGUCGCCAGGUUCGAGCACAAUAGUCCCGUUGAAGAUAUUUUGGGGUUCUCCUCCACCACCAUCAUGACCGCUGGAGGCCCACAAGUCAAAAUAUGGGAUCUUUCCACCAACAAAAAGGUCACCGAGUUGAACAACUUCACCAAGACUGCCAUGACCUUGCACAACACUCACGAUAAGGGGUUGCUAGUGGGUUCAUUAGAUGGCCAUGUUAAGAUCUUUGACUCUACUUCCAGUGCCUGGAACGUCAAGUUCGGAUGGAAGUUUGGAUCCGGAGGUGUAUUGAGCUGUGGAGUGUCACCCAACGACCACAAGCACUUUGUGACGGGGUUGACCUCGGGAUUAGUAUCGAUUAGGACCCGGAAAACCGAGCCUCGAGUCAAGCAGGGGGUUAAACAGACCAGAAGCAACGCAUACAACCGGAUGAUGAAGGGAAUGGACUACAAAGGAGAAGAGGAACAGCGUAUAGUAUCGUCGUCACAGCAAAGCACCAAGAAGUUGAAGACGUUUGAGAAGCUUUUGGGUGGUUUCAAAUGGUCUGAGGCUUUGGACAGCGGGUUUGUGAGUGGAAUCCCUAAAGAGCAUACUAUUACCAUAUUGAGCGAGUUGAGAAAAAGAGGUAAAGUCCGGGUUUCUUUGGAGAAUAGAGACGAGAUCUCCUUAGUGCCGAUAUUACUGUGGUUCCAUAAGAAUAUAGAGGACGUCAGAUCGUUCAACUUGAUAGCUGACUACUUGUCUGUGAUUUUCGAGCUUUACGGGUCGUAUCUCUCGACAAAUUCAGACUUAAAUGAUGUUUUCGAAAGCUUGAUCAAGAAGGUCGAACAUGAGGUCAAGAAAUCCAAAGAAGCCAACGAGAUCAAGGGAAUGCUUGAGCUUUUGGCCGUCUAAUUUGUACAUUAUACAUUGUCAUCAAUUUACAUACUUUAUAUCAUACUCACCACCCUUUGGAUCUCUUUUUCUUCUUUCGCUUUGUCUGGAUUUUCUCGUUGUACGCCAGUCGACAAAAUUCCGAACAAAACCACUUCUGUUUUCCCACCGUGUAUUUAAGGGCCUCCACCCGGUUGUUCAACCCGACACACUUGUAGUGGAACCAGUCGCCGUUGGGGCAAGCGUCUUCGUUAUCACAGCCAAUCAUGUCACCAAAUGACCCUUGUUUACAGAAGCAGUAGCGUUCUGUAGGCUCAAACUGUUGGGACCAGGUGAGGGUUGAGGAAGGCGACGGCGGUGGCACUAGCUCGGGCCCUGGCACAGGGCGGUGGUGUGGAGUGGUACUGGCGAUCGCUCGUUGUCUUGAGGGCCUAGUUGAUUGCCCAGAUGCCUUAGAUAAACCUCUAGACGGCCGGAGAGGCUUGGAAUCUUGUAGAGAUUCCUGCUGUUGGAGAUGAUGCCUUUCCCUCCUCUGUCUCUGUCCUUGUUGGUGGUGUAGCACCUUUUGUUUAGGUUUCUUCAUGGACUUGGGAAUCUUUAAGAAGAGCUUCAACAGUGGAGGUUUCUUCUCCACUGACUGAUGCAAGAGUUUGUGCUCUUUCAAGGCCUCGCUCAGGGA